AGCUGCGCCAGAGCCGAGCGAGGACACCGAGGCCCCGCCCCGGCCGCCGGUGGCGCCCCGAGCUCCCAGCCGCGCCGCAGUCUCUGCCGGAAACCGGCCCCGCCGGAGCCCGAGCACCAGCCUCGUGCUACCUGAUCCGGAGUCGGAGCCGCACGAGCCGAAGCCCGAGUCCCAGCCCCAGUUGGGGCCGGCCGAGCCCGGCCCACCAUGGCGGGGCCGCGGGGCGCUCUCCUGGCCUGGUGCCGCCGCCAGUGUGAGGGCUAUCGCGGCGUGGACAUCCGCGACCUGAGCAGCUCCUUCCGGGACGGCCUGGCUUUCUGCGCCAUCCUGCACCGGCACCGGCCGGACCUGCUCGACUUCCAGUCUCUCUCCAAGGAAAAUGUCUUCGAGAAUAACCGUUUGGCCUUUGAAGUGGCUGAAAAAGAGCUGGGGAUCCCUGCUCUCCUGGACCCCAAUGAUAUGGUCUCCAUGAGUGUCCCUGACUGUCUCAGCAUCAUGACCUAUGUGUCCCAGUACUACAACCACUUCACCAGUUCUGGCCAAGCGGCUGCCUCACCACCACCCACACCAGGAAAGAACCCAGCACUCCCCUCUCCCCCAUCUGCAUCCCCUGCUGUGCAACCAGGAGAAGAGGCUCAGGGUGAUGACCUCUCCUCAGGCAGCCUGUCUGAGCAGGGCAAACAGCAGCCCCCCAGCAGCGCAUGCGCAGCCUGUGGACAGCGGGUGCACCUGGUGCAGCGGUACUUGGCCGAGGGCAGGCUCUACCACCGGCACUGCUUCCGAUGUCGGCAGUGUUCCAGCACGCUGCUCCCGGGUUCUUAUAAUAGUGGGCCCGAGGAAGGCACCUUUGUGUGUGCAGAACGCUGCACCAGGCUGGGUCCAGGAGGCCGAUCAGGAACUAGGCCCCUGUCACAGCGAAAGCAGCAGCAGUCAGCAGAAGCCAAGGAUGGUGAGGAGAGUGACCUUAGCCCAAGUGUGGCUACAGUGGCCGAGGCAGAUGGGUUCCAGGCCAGCUCCGAGGUACAGCCCCAGACCCUGAAUAAGCCACUUCUUCCCAGCAAGCCCCAGGAGCUGGCCAGUCCCCCUAUUGGCCGGCCCACACCUGCCCCCAGGAAGGCUUCUGAGAGCUCAGCCUUGACGCCUCCAACACCACGGCCACGGUCUAGCCUGCAGCAGGAUGGCUCGGUGGAGCAGGGUGUCAGCAGUGGCCUUGUGAAUGGAAGACUGCAGGAACCCCCUGUUCCCAGGCCAAGAGGGACACCCAAGCUGUCAGAGAGGAUGCCAGCACCAAGGAAGGACCCCCCAUGGAUCACACUGGUGCAGACAGAGCCAAAGAAGAAACCAGCCCCACCGCCCCCCAGCAGCAGUCCUGGGUCACCAAGCAGACAGAUGGAGAAUGGAGACCUGGAAGAAAGGACCCAGAAGAGCCCAGUAGCUGGGCCAGAGUCCAAGCCCUACAACCCCUUUGAGGAGGAAGAGGAAGAAGAAGAGACAGCCCCAGCAGUACCAGGCCCUGGCCCAGCACCACCAGAAUCCACACCCAAGUCUCUGCACCCCUGGUAUGGCAUCACCCCCACCAGCAGCCCCAAGACAAAGAAGCGCCCUGCCCCGAGAGCACCCAGUGCUUCCCCCCUUGUUCUCCACGCCUCCCGCCUGUCACACUCGGAACCUCCUUCCGCCACACCAUCGCCAGCCCUUAGUGUGGAGAGCCUGUCAUCCGAGAGCUCCAGUCACACUGCCAGUGCAGAGCCUUUGGAGACGCCUACCGUACCCAAGAGCUCCUCAGAUCCUGCUGUGCACGUGCCUGGUACCCCUGGCACAGCUGGGAACUCCAUCACCCCCUCAGCCAACUCUUCCCUAUCGUCUUCUGGGGAGCUAGGACAGCCUGGUGGUGAACAAGUAUCCCAGGCCAGGACCAGGGGCAGCCCAGAUACCCAGGCCACCAAGCCCUUCAGUGGUGCUACCCCCACGCCCUUCUUGUUGGCUGGAGACCGGAGCCCUGCCCCUUUCCGGGGGAGUUCAUCCCCACAGCUGCAGAUCAAGUCUUCCUGCAAAGAGAAUCCUUUCAACCGGAAGCCAUCUCCUUCUGCAUCUCCAACCGUAAGGAAGGCCACCAAAGGAGCCAAGCCCAUGAGGCCACCUGCCCCCGGACAUGGCUUUCCACUCAUCAAACGCAAGGUCCAGGCUGACCAGUAUAUCCCUGAGGAGGACAUCUAUGGUGAGAUGGACACUAUUGAGCGCCAGCUGGAUGCCCUGGAACAUCGUGGCGUUCUGUUGGAGGAGAAGCUGCGUGGAGGAGCAAAUGAGGGCAGCGAGGACAACAUGCUGGUGGACUGGUUCAAGCUCAUUCACGAGAAGCACCUACUGUUGCGGAGAGAGUCAGAGCUUAUCUAUGUUGUCAAGCAGCAGAACCUGGAGCAGCGCCAGGCUGACGUAGAAUAUGAAUUGCGGUGCCUUCUCAACAAGCCAGAAAAGGACUGGACAGAGGAGGAUAGGGCCAGAGAAAAGGUGCUGAUGCAGGAGCUUGUGACCCUCAUCGAGCAGCGCAAUGCCAUUGUCAACUGCCUGGAUGAGGACCGGCAGAGGGAAGAAGAGGAAGACAAGAUGUUGGAAGCUAUGAUGAGGAAGAAAGAGUUCCAAAGAGAGACUGAGUCGGAGGGUAAGAAGAAAGGCAAGUUCAAGACCAUGAAGGUGCUGAAGCUGCUGGGAAACAAGCGUGACACCAGAAGCAAGGUCCCUGGGGACAAGAGCUGACGGCACGGGACCCGCCAAGGGGGACAGUGACCUUGGGAGGGAGUCCCUAGGUGAGCUUUGGCAUCCUUGCGAGUCUCCAGCUGGUGUGGGCUCAAGUUUUCUUCCCUCUUUCUUCCCUGUGUCUCAGACAGCUGUGACUUAGCCCUGCCCACUUGGAUUCUGACUCCAGAUGCUGUGACAGGCCCAGGGGCAAGCAGGGAUGUAGGGUCUAGGCAGAGGCAGUGACUCUCCUUGUACUCCUGAACCAGGCCAGAUGGAGUCUUCACUGUCAGUCCUGCUAAGGCAGGCUCUGGCCACGACAUGUGCACCUUCCAGCAGGCCAGUAACAAGGCUAGCUGCCUAACUUCUUCCUUCUCAGCCCUGACCCUUAGUCCCUGCCUUCCUGUCUAACACAGGUGCCCUUGAAAGUCAUGUCCCCUCACUCAGGAGCUCUAUGAAGUCUCAAAUUCUAGUCCCUCAGUGAGUGCUGUGUUGUGUCAGUUGGGAAUGAACUGCUUUCCUCUGCCUCCCAAGCUGUAGGGAGCUCUUCCCUUCUCUCUCUUGGUUCAUGGGAAGUCUCACCCACCACAUGGGGACCUGGUGGUUGUGCUGAGGUGGUGACUCAGACUAGCCUAGAAAGGCAUGAUUUGGGUAGGUGCUAACCUUUGUUCUCUAAGGUGUUGUGAUCUGACCUCUGAUGCAGGGUUUUUGCCCACUCCAUACCCAGGGGAUGGACCCAUUCCUUUCUGUGGUUGAUGCAGUCUGUCUUUUCUGUUGUCUAUUCCCUCCGAGGACUGGUGGCCAUUCACCCCUGGAUGGUCCUGGGAGAACAGUAUUGGGCACAUCCUUUCCCUGGGGAAUAUGCCAGGCAGCUUAUGGUCCAAUCACUAUUCUUGCUCUUGGGGUCUUCAGUGCUUCUCCUUCUGCAUCCUGGGAAGGAGUUCACUGUUUCUCAGUUGCCAGUGCCCAGUAGCCUUGGCCACAGACAUCUGUGCCCUUUUGCCUGUGUGUACUCCACCUCAUGGCCAGGUGUCUGGCCACCCGGGAGGGGCUUGGCUGUCCAUGCAGUUGGGAACUUGACCACAGUGCCUACCAUGGGGCAGGAUUCCCUUCUUGUUUGGGGAGAGGUGCUUGCACUCCCAUAUAGCCCCUUUCCAGAUGCACUGUUGACCUGAAGCCCAGGCCACCACCUCAGGUUUUUCAGAAGGGUCCUGUGACCCAGCUGCUGUAACCCAGGAGAGGGCAACACCAGGCUGUCUCAGUGUCAAGCAUAGUUUCCAUGUCUCCAGGGACCAGCCCUCCUCAUAGAAGUCACCUGUUGCCUGUGAACAUGGACAUAGGCUUGCCACACCUUGCUCCCUUUUCAAAAGAAACCCAGAAUCCAGUUUUUGUACAGGCAUAAUCUGUAAAUGUUGCCAUCUAUUUGAGUUUGCCACUGUAGGCAACACUUGCCCUGGGUUUUCCAGUGUUCUAGGCCUGGGCUGGAGGCUGUGUCCCUACGGACCUGAUGCUCAUCUGCUGGCUCUUGCAUAGUAGCCAUGGUUAUUCUUUGGGAAGAAGACAGAUUAUAUGUUCUAUUAGAAUUAUGGGACUUGUAGCAGGUGCAGGAAGUAUUUCAUUAUAGAGCCAGGAAUGAUGGGAUACCAGUGAAGGUGAGGCUGUGCACAGUCACAGCCUGAAGGACACUGCUGUGCAGUCAGCCAGUUGUGGGGAGCGAGGGCAUACCAGGUGGGAGCAGGGCUGUUUCCUCAUUGGGUUCCUUGACCUUCUAGCUGGGACCUCGGAGGCACGUGAAUGGAACUGGAACCAAGGCUGUGGCACCUGCCAGAGCCCUUUUAGUAUGGAUCCCUCCUUUUAUGUUUCUUUCCUUAGUCUUCACUUGGUGGAAGUCAUGAAGUUGACCUUUAACCCCGAGUGGGCUCCUCAGCAGAAACUACCUGGAUGGAGUGUCUUGGUGAGCCCGGUAUCACACCACAGAAUUGAGGGCUAGCACUGACGACAGGCUGCUCAGGAAUCUGUUUUCCUGCUCCUCUGGAAAUGUGCAAACAGCAGUUAGAACCCAUGUGUGCUGGACGGGUUCUGAUUCUGAACAGAUUAAAUGUGUUUAUUCCUGUGUAAACAAGGAGGCACAUGUCAUGGCCAAGUUAAAUGUGUUUUAUUGGCCAAUUAAUCAUUGUGGUCAAACAUUUGCCCAAGGCUACAAGAAGGCAAAGAAAUAGAUCCUAAGAUACAGGAAGGACAAAAUCGUUCACAGAGCACCUGGAGGACAGCUGUGGCGUGGGAAGAGCCAGAGAGAGGGUGCCCUUAGGCAGAUGUCCACGGUGCUGAGCUGGGGUGUCAACAUGGUGUGUCUGGGCUCUUUCCCCUGAAGAAGGUGCCAACACUGUGGCUGUGACAGUGACUCAGAGGCGUCACUGAGGCCUCUGCAUCCCUGGGCAGUGCCACAUCAUGAUCUGGUGUGGUCUCUGAGGUGGGCAGACCUGGGGAUGACACUGCUUGGCGAAGCGAAGGCUCUGGUGGUCGCACUGGGCUGGCCCGCCUUUGUCUAGGAUUAGGUGGUGGCGAGAGCCUUUCUAAGCUUCUCGCUUCUGCUGCGGUCAAUGUCCUCCAUUUCCCUUAUUUUCUGCAAAGGGCCACCAGGAAGAUUGCUGUCAUGGCAGGACACCAUGGUGGGAGCGUGCCACCUGAAAGGCCAGCCAUGGUGCUGGCUGGGGCUCAUCCCAUCUGACUCUACUCUUCCCCACUUUUGGGCUUUCCUACCUGGGAGAUUUCAGCCAGGAUGAUUCCUCGGUAUUGCUUGCCCUGUCCCAGAGCCUCCAUGGCAGCCAAGAAUUCUUUCCUGUCCUGGAUUUCCUUCACCACUGCACAGAGGGGAAGGGCCAUCAGUGUACAGGGCAGUGUGAGUGCACAGGGGCCCAGGCAGCACAUGGCCUCUGAGGGAGAGUGGACCGGGGGCAGGGAGGGGUCGGGUCUAUCGCAAGUCAUGUUGUUCUCUUGUUAGCCCCAUCAGUUCUACACACACACACUCACAUUCUUCAAACCGGUCCACCUCAGGAGCUGGGUCCUCUUGCUGCAUGCGGGGAGCCGUUUUCCGUUCCUCUACGUCCUUCCCAGUGGCAAAGAUAUUUUGGAGUCUUCGUUUCUCCUUCUCCAGAUCUCCUGUAGGGCCCAGAGACGGUCUUGUUAAGGGGGAAGAGCAGUCGUUCCCCUUACACACUGCUGGGUGUCGGGGUUGAGAGGAGUGGGCUCUGCAGACCCAGCAUCUCCCUUGGCUGUUCCAGAGCAGAACAUGCCAGGUUAGCAGUUGAGACAACAAAGAAAACGCUUCAGUGCAGAGCUAACAGAAUCCAGAAAUGCAGGCCUCUGAGGUGACCUGUGUGUAGGGAAUUGUGAGGAUGCUGGGGCAUCUGGGCCAAAAGCAGUACUAGAGGCCAGGAGGAGGGGCUCCCAGAUGCGGACUCAAAUACAGAGGAGAUGGAUUUGAGGGACCAUGUAUCCCUCUGGGAUUAGGAUUAGGAAAACUGGAUUAAUUUGAAAAAAGCUAUAGGAUGAAGAGGGCCAUCUGUCUGGGUUUGUUACCCACUACUGGAAUGGUGCUGUCUGUCCCAGGCUGCUAUGACCCCAGAAGACAGAAGAGAGCCCCUACCCCAAGACUGUCACUUACUGGUGGCCUGAGGCUUGAAUUGCUCACGGCUGUAUGCCCCAUUGGCUUGACACAUGCUGGCAGGCCGGAGGUGGGAGUGAGUAGCCAGGAUGGGAGGCAGGUAGAUGGUUGUAGCUGGCUUCUUGGAAGGAGAGCCCCUCUGGCUGGAUGUUGGGUUGCACUGCAGGGGCAGAGGGGCUCCUCCUGGAAUCAAAAAGGUCAAGUGACAGCACCUGUUUGUCUUUCUUUUCAAAGAAAAAUGGUAUUUGCCAAUUAGAAGUCAAACAGUGUGAACAGCCCUCCGAGCCUGCUCCUCUGCAGGCUGUGGUAACAACGAGGUGGUGGUUCUCGUUCUUGAUGCUUCUAAAACACAUUCAAGGAUGUUUUUUGUUUGGUAUGUACACAAACGGUUCUUAAACACUGGAUCACACCGUAUGGUCAAUAACAGACCCUUUUCACUUACCAAUUUAUCAUGACCAACUUUCCAUAAAGACACAUUUAUAUGUAACUUAUUUUUUAUAGUAAUCUACUAGUUAUUAGAAUGAUUACACUAUUUAUUCAGCUAGUCAUUCAGGUUUUCUCUGGGUUUGUUUUGUUUUUGUUGGUUGGAUUUUUACUACUUCUGACAAUGCUGCAAUAAACAUUCUUAUACACUGA